AUGGGGAAAACGGGGGAUAGCACUGUGCAGCUCAACUCACCAUCUGAGCUCAAGCAAGCUGUUCCUUUUGAGGAGAUGAACCACAGCCUGACUUCAGAUCUAGAUGAGAGCAAGCAGACCCUUCCAGAUCGAGGCACCUGGAAGGGCAAGUUUGACUUUCUGCUGUCCUGCAUUGGAUAUGCCAUUGGCCUGGGAAAUGUCUGGAGAUUCCCAUAUCUCUGUGGGAAAAAUGGAGGAGGAGCGUUUCUUAUCCCUUACCUCACUACACUGGUGUUUGCUGGGAUUCCUCUAUUUCUGCUGGAGACUUCACUAGGACAGUACACAUCAGUAGGAGGACUUGGGGUCUGGAAACUCAUACCCAUGAUGAAAGGUGUAGGUCUGGCUGCUGCAGUUUUAUCCUUCUGGCUCAACAUCUACUACAUUGUCAUUAUUGCUUGGGCCAUCUACUACCUGUUCAACUCCUUCAGAUCAGAGUUGCCUUGGCAGAGUUGUGAUAACCCCUGGAACACUGAUCGCUGUUUCUCCAACUACAGCCUGACUGAUACCACCAACCUGACCAGUGCUGUAACUGAAUUUUGGGAGAGGAACAUGCACCAGCUGAGCAGUGGCCUGGAGGAGCCGGGUGAGUUGCGCUGGCCGCUGGCUGGGACUCUUGCUCUGGCCUGGGUACUCGUCUACUUCUCUAUCUGGAAAGGCGUGGAAUGGACCGGAAAGGUGGUCUAUUUCUCUGCCACUUAUCCGUACUUCAUGCUCUUCAUCCUGUUUUUCCGAGGCAUCACUCUCCCGGGGGCUAAAGAUGGCAUUUUCUUCUACAUCACCCCUGACUUUAACAAGCUCCAGAAAUCUGAGGUUUGGCUGGAUGCUGCCACUCAGAUCUUCUUCUCUUAUGGUCUGGGUUUGGGUUCUCUGAUUGCUCUGGGCAGCUACAAUACCUUCAAUAAUGAUGUCUACAGAGAUGCAAUCAUUGUGUGUUGCAUAAACUCCUUCACCAGCAUGUUUGCUGGCUUUGUCAUCUUCUCCGUUGUCGGAUUCAUGGCCUACAUUACCAAAAAACCAAUCCAAGAAUUGGCUGCCUCGGGUCCAGGUUUGGCUUUUCUGGCAUAUCCUCAGGCUGUGACUCAACUUCCUAUGUCCUCUCUAUGGGCCAUUCUCUUCUUCUCCAUGCUUUUGAUGCUUGGACUAGACAGUCAGUUUUGUACUGUGGAAGGUUUCAUCACAGCUUUGGUAGAUGAAUAUCCCACCAUCUUAAGGAAGAGGAAGAAAUUAUUCAUCCUGUUGGUCUGCAUUAUAUCAUUCACCAUUGGCUUGUCCAACAUCACACAGGGUGGCCUGUACGUAUUCAAGUUAUUUGACUACUACUCAGCCAGUGGGAUGUGCCUUCUCUUCCUUGUCUUCUUUGAGACAGUCGCCAUAGCCUGGUUUUAUGGAGCAGAGAGGUUCUAUAGAAACAUCGAGGAGAUGAUCGGCUAUCGCCCGUGUGGAUGGUGGAAACUCUGUUGGCUCUACUUCACACCAUCAAUCUGUUUGGGGGUUUUCACCUUCAGUGCAAUAGAGAUGACCCCUCUCACCAUGGGCAAGUAUGUGUUCCCAGACUGGGGACAGGGUAUCGGAUGGCUCAUGGCUCUCUCCUCUAUGCUGCUCAUUCCUGGAUACAUCAUUUACAUGUUCUUCAACAUCAAGGGAAGCGUUCAUCAGCGCUGGCACAAAAUGACAAAGCCCACUGAGGAAGCCAGGCCAAAAGAGGACAACCAUUUAACACGACAACACUACCAAGCAGGAAUAAUGGCUGAAGCCUCUGUCUGA